UAAAUUGAAUUUCGAUAGUCUUAAAUGUGGAACUGGGAAUACAUUUGUACAAUGUGCACAUUGAAUAUUUGUUGUAAAUAGUUUAAAAAUCCAAGUAAUUGUAACUUUAGAAGUUGUUAAAUAUGUGACAAAUACGUUACAUUACUUCAUCUUACAACGGUGUAACGUUAUCAGCGGGUUUCCUGGAUGAACUUCAUUUCCCAUAAUGCAUGUUUGCCCUGGACAUUGACGGUGGAGGGAAGGUCCAUGAGUUUUCGCUGUUCGCCGGUAAUGCACGUGCGUACUAUAUCGGGCUACAAAGAGUGCUAGAGAGAGCCAGCGUUUCACCAUCAGACAGGUGCUAAUAGGUGAGUUUUGUAAAUUGUGUACUAAAAAUUCACAAUGUUUAGAUUUUUUUGCAGCAGAACAGACUUAAUCAAAUUACUGAUGUGUUGUCAACUGGUUCGCAUCAUUUUCCCCCUCAUUCAAAAUUUUCCACACAUUUUAACUUUUUUUUUUAAAUCAAUUUUUGAAUAGCCAAAAGUGCAAAACAGGGCUGAAAUGGUUUAGACUUUAAUUGAAAAUAUUUACAUUGCAGGCUGAAGUUGGCCCAAUGGAGUAGAAGUGCAAGUUGUGUUCUGCAACUUCAAAUAUCACUAUACUGUACUGCAUAGCCAAUAUUCAAGAGUGUCCCCCCUGCCAUAUCUCUAUGACAGUUGCAUUUGUACUUUUCCAUCAUUCGAAGCAAUGAAAGCUCAUCUAUCAAGAUGUCAUAAUGAUUCAUGUAGAGUAGAUGCAACUGAAGGAGCAUGUGGUUUUUUUACAUGUCCUUUGUGUAACUUCAAGCAGCCCUUUUCUGAGGAAAUUCUAUUGGGUCAUUUGAGAAGUCAUUUACGAAGUCAUGAGAUGGUAGCAUGCCCAUUCAAGAAUUGUAAUUACAGAACAAAUAGCUACUCAGCGUUUAAUGCACACAAAAGUAGAAAACAUGAUGGUGAUUCAGACUUUGGUGAAUGUGUUGUAUUGGCAGACAAUGAUAGUGCCCCAGUUGUAGUUGCAGCAGAAAGUCUUGGGGAACACGCUGAAAGUCACAGUGCAGGGUCUGCGGACACAUUUGAUCUUGAUGAGGUGAACGGUCAGUGUGACACAGACACUUUAAGAGCCCAGUUGAAGCAUAACUUGGCAUCGUUAUUCCUAAAGAUGCAAUCUAUUCUUCAUGUAUCUGACAUGGCAUCUCAGGAAAUAGUUGAACAUUUGACUCAGAUAUUUUCCUUGCCCCAACCGAUACUCAAACAAGAUAUUAGAGAGGUCUUACAGAGUCAUGACAUCACUGUCAGUGAAAGACUUCUAAAUGAUGUUGUCAGUACUGUUAUGGACAGUAAUAUUAUUGUCAGUGCCACAGCUAAGGGGAAGCAGUUAUCCUCAACCAAGAGAAGGAAAACCUUCAUCGAAAAUAAUUACCCUGUGGUAAAGCCUGUACAGUAUCUGCUACAGCCAGGACACACAGCAGUGCAUGUUCCCAUUCUGGAGAUGAUACAAAAAAUCUUCAAUCAUACAGAUAUUCUGGACAAAAUUAAAGAAACAAAAGUGGCACAAAACAGUCAUUAUGUAAGCCACCAAGAUGGUUUGUACUUCAAAGAGAACACAUUCUUGUCUUCAGAUGAGUUAACGAUAACACUCAUUUUGUACAUUGAUGAUUUGGAAAUAGCCAAUCCACUUGGCACAUCACAGAACAUACACAAAGUCUGUUCAGUAUACUGGACUCUUGCUGAUCUUGCCAGUAAAUACCGAUCAGCCCUGCAUGUAAUUCAGCUUGCAGCUUUAUGUAAAGUGGCUGCGUACAGACAGUUUGCUAUGAAAAAGCACUUGGUCCUUUGUUGAGAGACCUCCGUACCCUUGAACAAGAUGGGGUAUGCAUUGAGUCUAUCGGUAAGGUAGUUCAAGGAACAGUCAUGUGUGUGGUGUCUGACAAUCUUGCAGCCCAUGAUUUGGCAGGCUUUUCAAAGUCUUUUAGAGCAGAAUAUUUUUGCAGAUUCUGCACAGCGACACAAGCUUCAGACUCAUGAAGUUGCAAGUGGCGAGUUCAGUCUUAGGACAAAAGACAGCCAUAAUAGUGAUGUGCAUGCUGUAAUGCAUGGGGGUAGUCAGAGUCAGAAUGGUGUUCAGGCAGAUUGUGUCCUGAGCCAGCAUCUAGAGCAUUUUCAUACGGUCACUGGCAAUGUUCCCUCUAAUUUUUCAUGUGUCUGGGCAUACACACAAGCUCCCUGAGCACACUAAGGAUCACUGUGAGCAACAUCAGUUGUGCACGCUGUGGCCACACACCAGUAUCAUACCUGUUCAACACCUGGGAUCAUAGCAAGUUACAUGGCUUAUUAAAAGAAUCAAAUUACAGCAGCAAUUUCCAUUAGUUUACUUUUAAUAUUUUCGAGGGUUUACCACUCAACUGCUGAGCUACCGGCUCUGGCCCUCUUAAAAUGAAAAAGACAAAAAUCUUGUUGUUCAUGAGAUGUGUAGUAUGUUAUACUACACUACAGAGUCCUGCUUUGGCCAUGGGAAGAGUCCUGCUUUGGCCUGGUUGAGGGUCCAGUUGUGGCCUGGCUGAGGGUCCAGUUGUAGCUUGGCUGAGGGUCCAGUUGUGGUUUGGCUGAGGGUCCAGUUGUGGUUUGGCUGAGGGUCCAGUUGUGGUUUGGCUGAGGGUCCAGUUGUGGCCUGGGUGAGGGUCCAGUUGUGGCCCGGGUGAGGUUCCAGUUGUGGCCUGGGUGAGGGUCCUGCUCUGGAAGAAAUGAGAAAUAUACACCUUUCAGACAUAACAUUUUGUUCACAUUAAAACAUUCACAUUUUGCACAAUGACAUGUGUGCUGUAGCUUGUGAUACAGUGUAAAUUCCUGUAACUCUUUGUCUGUAAAAUAUCUAAUUACACUGUUUUUAUUAGCAUUUCUACUACCCAUAAAUUAUCUAGUAGUAACAGCAUUUAAUGAUUAAUAUCCAUACAUAAAAAAUGUCAAUAGACUAUGCACAAAUCUGACUUAAAUUUUACCUUAUUUUUCACAUCUGUCUUUCUCACUUCUCCAGUGGUUGUACACUUUGUCCAGGUUGAUGGCUCCGUCUGCUUCUUGCUUUGACUUUAUGCGCAUCAGCUGGUCCAAAUGUGCCACUUCAAGACGAUUUCUGGAUGUUGUUUUGAUAUGAUUCAUUAAACUAAAUCCUCUUUCACAAUCUGCACUGGAAGCUUGAAAUGUAGCACAAAUAUCCACAAGCUGUGAGAUCUCCUUUAGCUCCUCACAUCUAAGUGCUGCAGCCACCAUAUCUGAGAAUGUGCUGAUUGACCCCUGUUUAAGUUUUUGCUUCAUUAUGUACUUGAAUUCAGCAUAUUGACUGUUAAUGGCCUCCGUAGACUGUGGGUAGUGGAGAAUGGCCUCAUACUUUUUUGCCAGUGUGGCAAUGUCUGCUGAUCCAUAGUCAAAACUGAUGUCUGAGCUCAAUGCUUCAAUGUCAAAUGCAGACCACUCCUUUAAUCCAUCCUCUGGAAAACGAGCAUCCAUGUGAUCACAGAGCUUACUAAUAAAAAGAGUAAUCUCACCAGUAUUUCUGCCAUCAGCUGAUGAGGUCCCCAUUGCCUCUUUGACACGGUCACUCUAAUGUACAUCCUUCUCCUUCAAGUAUUGGGAACGCAACCUCUCAAUCUUUGCUCGAGCAAGGCAGUGCCCUUCCAUCACAGUCAGGUUGCGUCUUUGUAAAGAGAGGCAGAGUUGUGCUAGCUCAUCCAAAACAUCUCCCAGAGCAGUGAUAGUAACCUUGAACUUUGAAUCACUCAGCUUUUUGUAGCAGUACUUUGCCACUGGAUCUCUGUUAUCAGUGAAUUCUCUUUUGCAGAAUUCUUCAAGCACAGUGUAGUUCCUCAGAACAGCAUUGACAGCUUGGUGCUGCGACAGCCAUCGCACUUCGUUCAGAGGCCUGAAUGACAGUGUAUCUUCAUUAAGAUUCUUUGCUAUGUCCUCCAUUUUGCCCCUCUUCACAGUGGACCGAGAACAAGUGGAAUAUACAUUUCUAAGAGGAGUUUCCACAUCUCGCAUCAAAGGCACAUCUUUCCAGGCAUCAUCAAUGCCCAAGUCCUCUCUAUGGGCCACACAAUGUUGUUCAGUUAGGUGUGGUAUUUGGCGCUUUAACAAAGCCGCAACUCCAUUGUGUCUUCCUAGCAUUACUGCGGCACCAUCGGAGGACAGCAUCACCAUUCUCUCCAGUCCAUGUUUGGAGUAAAACUGAGUUAUUGCCUGCACAAUAUCCUUAGCAGUGCAUGCUGUCAGCUGGAUGAUGCCACCAAACAGUUUUAUAGUUGACAUAAUUUUCCUCCCUGUAUUUAAUAUAUAUGACUAGCAUUUUGUGUACUGUUAUGUCUGUGCUCUCAUCUACUAUCAGGGUAUGCCAAGGUGCAUUUUUAACACUGCACGUAGUCUCAUUCUGCACUAUCUCAUUGAUUGAGUUCACAAAUUCAAAGGCAUAGUUUUUGGUUCGCCAGCUUUCUGGUAUACUCACAUACUUUGCCAUGUGAUCGUGGAUUUGUUGAACUGACAGCAUUGAUGCAUUCAUUUUGAUGGCCAGUAAAAUAUUGUCAAUGAGAACUUUAACUUGCUCGGGGUCAGAUUUUGUUUUGUGCAACAGCUUGUUCCUUUUCUCCCGGUCUUUUGCGCUCUCCCGCAAUAAUGUACCAAUCCCCUGUCCCAUCUUGAGUCUCCGUACAAUUCCAACAGCUUUCAAAUGAGUUUUCUGCUGAAUGUGACGCUUGAGGUAGUCCAACUUCCAUUCAGUCCACAUUUUUCCAUCCGAAAACUGGCUUGUUACUUUGGCUUCGCUGCAUGUUUUGCAGAGCAGACCUGUCUCACUCGAAAAAGAAAAAAUCUCACCCAGUUUCACCACUUGUUCUCCUGUUUCCACAUACUCCGACAGCCAUUCCAUCUUAAA